AUGAACUGGCACGAUGAGUUCAAAGACACGGCCUACAUCUACGUUGGUGGCCUGCACCCCGACCUUUCCGAAGGCGAUGUGAUCACGAUCUUCAGUCAAUGGGGUGAGAUCGCCGACAUCAACAUGCCCCGUGACAAGGAGACAGGCGCGUCUCGCGGCUUUGGAUUCGUCAUGUACAUGGACCAGCGCUCUACGGUGCUCGCGGUCGACAACAUGUCCGGAGCCGAGGUGCUGGGACGGAAACUCAAGGUCGACCACGCCCGGUACAAGCAGCCUGGCAAGCGGAAUGAGGAGGGCGAAUAUGAGAAACCGCAGGAGGCCGAGUACAAUGCUCUUCCGCCGUUGAUGUCCGACUCCGAGCCCGAAUCCGAAGAUGAGGACAAGCCCAAGGACGAAGACGACAUGGAUGAGGAAGACCCGAUGACCGCCUUCCUGCGCGAGGAGCAGCGCAAGGCGGCCCGCGCCGAGGCCAAGGCCAAGUAUAAGGCUGAGAAGGCGAAGAGGAAGGAGGAGCGCGCCGCCCUCCGCGCCAAGAAGGAGGAGAGGAUGGAGAGGAAGAUGAGGGAGUGGGAGAGGGAAGACAGGCAUAAGGGCGAGCGCUCGACCAGUCCCCGGCGGCACAGGAGCGCGAGCCCGAGGCGCGAACGCGAGCGGGAUGGCAAGAGCCGGGAUCGUGAGAGGGACGGAAAGGACAGGGAAAGGGAUCGAGGCAGCAAGAGCAGAGACAGGGAGAGGAGUCCGAGGCGAGACAGGGAGAGGGAACGGUCACCGCGGCGGAGGGAGGAGCGGGAUCGCGACGACAGGCGAGACCGCGACCGAGGAGACAGGGAGAGGAGCUUUGAUCGUCGAGACCGUGAUCGCGACGACCGUGAUCGCGACGACCGUCGUGAUCGUGACCGUCGUGACCGGGACAGGGAGGAGCGCCGCCGAUGA